AUGGUAAUAUGCGAGUUGCAAGACGCAGUGUCGAAGAAGCACGCUGAGCUUCUCGAAGUGGUGGAUGUGCACCAUGAGCUUGUGAAGAACGCCAUGCUGUCGACAGCUGCUGAGAUCGAGGCUCUUGCACAGGACGCGCUUUUGAACCGAAGCCCCUUCCAGUUGAAGAUGGAGCAGAGGACGAUGCAGCCACUUGUCAGCGAGCCUUCUUUCAGCGAGGGUGAGGACAACUUCGAGCAGCAACUCUCUGCGAAGGAGCAUCGAGAGGUCGGCAUUGGGUCCAAGGACAUCAGGACGUUUCUCUCGACUAUGUCGCCGAUCUCCGAGGACUCCGUGAAUAUUGGCCACAGCUUGGGUGGCACCGCACGAACCGCGGACCGCAAGCUGGCGGGAAUCCGCGGUUGGCUUGCCAGGUAUGACAGACGUCUCGAAUAUACUGCUUCCGUCGUUGUCGGGCUGCACGUCAUACUGCUCCUUGUGGAGCUAGAACUUGAAGGUGCGAGUUCUGGCUUGGUACUGGACCUGUCAGACUGGCCUGCAGCAUCCGAAAAUUCGUGGAGAUAUCAUUUACGUGUGCUUGACGUGGUGUUCGACUUUUACUUUCUGCUGGAUUUGUCCCUGCGGAUGUUCGUCCAGCGGUUUAACUUCUGCAGAUCCAGCAUGAACUGCUUCGAGGCCUGUGUUACAACGGCCUCCCUUGCUGAUCUGGUGAUCAUUGCGCACGCUGGCGGUUUGGCCCAUCCCGCGGAUGCGACGGUCUUGCAUCUCAUCCGAGCGGCUGCAUCCUUGCGACUGAUUCGCUUCUGCAAGUUCGUCGAGGGCGUCCACAUGCUCUUGAAGGCGUGCACUUCAUUUUUGCCCUCCUUAUGUUGGUCGAUGGUACUGCUGACGAUUUUCAUGCUGGUGGGGGCGCUGACGAUAGGGAACCUCAUCCAGGACUACAUCACCAAUCCGCAAGUGAACAGAGAAGACAGAAUCUGGUUGUGGCAACAUUACGGAACCGCCCAGAGAUCUUUGUACACCAUCUACGAAAUAACUUUCGCUGGCAAUUGGCCCGUCAACGUUCGCCCAGUGCUGAGCGGGGCCAACCGUGCAUUCGCCUUCUUCUUCGUCGCUUACGUGACCAUUAUCGUCUUCGCUAUCCUGAGAGUCAUAACUGCCGUGUUCUUGAAGGACAGCUUGGAUGCAGCGCAGAGCGAUGCUGAACACCAGCUGAAGGUCCAAAUGCGCAAAAGGACUUUGUAUACUCGCAAGUUGGACGAAAUGUUCAAAGCGAUCGACGAGUCUGGUGUUAUUACGGAGGCUCGACUGAACAGCCUCCUCCAUGAUCCAACUGUCAAAGCCUACUUUGAGACGCUGGACCUCGAUGUGCACGAGGGUACUGCCUUGUUCCACAUUUUGGACAACGGUGACGGCGAGGUCACGAGGGAGGAGUUCAUCGAUGGCAUUCUACGUUGCAAAGGCCCAGCACGAGCAAUUGACCAGUUGGUCAUGCACGCUGAGAUGAAGCAGCUCGAGUCGAAGAUUGCUCAGUUCAUCCGUAUGUUGGGAUCAGCGAGAGUCGCCGGCCAGCUCAACAGCAACAGGGGAACCAGCAGGACCAGCAGCAGCAGUUCCCCGAUGACGUCGUUUCUGCGAGUUUUCCGCCGCUUCGUCAGCAACUACUCGUCAGACCGCAAGUUCCCAACUUGGAGCCGCAGGUGCGAAAAUGCAUCAACAAUUUCAAGAUUCAACGGUUGGUGGUCCCGAACUCUAGAAGAUGUCCAGACGUUGGCGAACUCCGGGGUUUUGCUGCUCAGUUGUUCUGUUCAAAGUGUCCGCAAAUCGGAGUCUACGCCACACAAAAGCCCCUACUGCGCUGCUGUAUUCCAUUGUAUCCCUUGUACCCUUGAAUGGGCCUCUUGGAGGUUCAUGGGUAGGUACAAGUGGGGUUAUAAUUAUACUUGUAAACUUGUAAACCAUAUUAGGGGACUUCUAGCCUCACUUAUAUAA